GGGUGUGUUUAAAUGAUACAUAUAUAGGAUAAUAUUAAGGACUUGGUCUUUUCAGUAUAAGUGGCAUCAGAUAGAGUGAUACAGAUAAUUAUGGCUUCGUUAACUUUUCCUGUUUUAGUUUUAGCAGCAGUGUGUAUAUUUCACACAGAAACUGGAGACGCAAAGGCUGUAGUAUCACACAGAGAAAAAAGAGCACCUGGUCAGUAUUCACCCAGACUUGGGCGGCGCUCAAAAGAGAAUUUCUUAGCUUAUCCAAGACUAGGAAGAGCAAUGGAUCAGCAUAGCAUGCGCUCAGAACAGAAUUUUUUCCAUUGGCCGAGAUCAGGAAAGCGAGGUGAUGCCGAAAUGUGUUGUGACGGUCUUAUAGCUUACUUGAACGAUGAUGAUAUCUUUACAACUGUAUGUAAUGCACCUCAAUGUUGCGAUGGAUACGAAGAAAAAAUUAAAAGACCACACAAUAGUAAAAAUAUAUUUUUUGUCUGCGUAAGAUCAGAGUAUGAUGAAACACAGGGGAAGCUGGAAGCAUAAUGGUAUGUGAACACAACCUCAAAAAUCAUCGCACCUCAUCGUCUAUGCAUAUGGCUGCAGAACAGACAAAAGUCGUGUUAACAAACAUGUGAUCAUUUUUCUACUAGUUUACUAAUUUACAAAGUCUGCCGUAAAGACUACAGGACAUGCGGUCAUAAUAUAUAUAUAUGUGUGUAUACGUUUUUUAAGGUGGUGCAUUUUUUUAUAUGCGCCAUUACACAAAUUAUGUAUUAAACUGUCUCUGUCAUUUCUAUCUUUGAUAUGAAAUUCAUUUUGCAAACACAUUUAACUAAUUCAUCAUAAUGUAAUCCUGUUUAAGAAGGAUAUGUUAAUAGUUUACUUAUAUUCUGAAGUCACUAUUCCAGUUAUCUUUAAUUAUUUUUUUAAGAUUGGUGCACAUAUGAAUAUAUUUUAUUUUACAUUAUGUAUUUUCCUUUUAACAAAAUGUCCAAGGGACGAUUUUAAUAACUUGUAUCUGAUAUGCGCCACUUUAGGGCAAUUAUAAACUGUUUAAUCUUGAACAAUACUACAAACUUUUAGCUAUUUCAUAUUUACAAUAAGUGAUUAACUUUUAUGGUUGCAAUUAAAUAAAUUUACCUUUAUUUGA